GCGUGUCGGCGCCAUCUCUCCAGACCGGCUGAAAGAACACGUUGCUUCUGGAAGAUCACUGAUUCCUAGGAAUAUAAUAAGCUCAACCCAACACUCAUCGGUCGAUGUUAAGGAGCGCGUUGUCAGGAGCCAAGUAGUACUCUCCUGGUGUGUGUGUGUGUGUCUGUCUGUGUGUGUGUGACUGUGUGUUUGUGUGGCCCCAGCCUGGGCCCCCCACCCCCAUCCCAUCAUGGCCGAAAAGAACACCAGGGUAGCCAUUGUCAACAGAGACAAGUGCAAACCCAAGAAAUGCAGACAAGAGUGCAAGAAAAGCUGCCCGGUGGUGCGCAUGGGUAAGCUGUGCAUCGAGGUCACGGCCCAGAGUAAGAUUGUGUGGAUCUCCGAGUCUCUCUGUAUAGGAUGUGGUAUCUGUGUCAAGAAAUGUCCGUUUGGGGCGUUGUCCAUCGUCAAUCUGCCCAGCAAUCUGGAGAAGGAGACCACACACAGAUACUGUGCCAAUUCCUUCAAACUACAUCGAUUGCCUAUCCCCAGACCUGGUGAGGUCCUAGGACUUGUGGGGACCAAUGGAAUAGGAAAGUCCACCGCUCUCAAGAUCCUCGCUGGGAAACAGAAGCCCAACUUGGGCAAGUUUGAUAACCCCCCCGAUUGGCAGGAGAUCCUGACCUACUUCCGGGGCUCGGAGCUCCAGAACUAUUUCACCAAGAUCCUGGAGGACGACCUGCGGGCCAUCGUCAAGCCCCAGUAUGUGGACCAGAUCCCCAAGACUGUGAAGGGGUCAGUAGGUGCCAUCCUCACCAGGAAGGAUGACACAGAUUCACAAACGCUCGUCUGUGAACAGCUAGACCUGACCCACCUGCGGGAGCGUAACGUAGAGGCCCUGUCUGGAGGAGAGCUGCAGAGGUUCGCCUGCGCCGUGGUGUGCAUCCAGCAGGCCGACAUUUUCAUGUUUGACGAGCCGUCCAGCUACCUAGACGUUAAGCAGAGGCUGAAGGCCGCCAUCACCAUCCGCUCCCUCAUCAGGCCUGACCGGUACAUCAUCGUGGUGGAACAUGACCUCAGUGUGUUGGACUACCUGUCGGACUUCAUCUGCUGUCUGUACGGCGUGCCCAGCGCCUAUGGCGUGGUCACCAUGCCCUUCAGCGUCCGCGAGGGCAUCAACAUCUUCCUGGAUGGCUAUGUCCCUACGGAGAACCUUCGUUUCAGGGAGACCUCGCUGGUCUUCAAGGUGGCCGAGACGGCCAGCGAGGAGGAGGUCAAGAAGCUCCGGCACUACCAGUACCCCAACAUGAAGAAGACUUUAGGAGAGUUUAGUCUGGAGAUCAAAGAGGGGGAUUUCACCGACUCUGAGAUCAUGGUCAUGCUGGGAGAAAAUGGAACUGGCAAGACGACAUUCAUCAAAAUGCUUGCUGGAGGUCUGAAGCCUGAUGGUGGAGGUGACGUGCCCAUCUUGAAUGUCAGCUAUAAACCUCAGACCAUCAGCCCGAAGUUCAGGGGCAGUGUGAGGGCUCUCCUCCACGACAAGAUCCGAGAUGCCUACACACACCCUCAGUUCAUCACGGACGUCAUGAAGCCCAUGCUGAUCGAGGCCAUCAUCGACCAGGACGUCCAGAACCUAUCAGGUGGAGAGCUGCAGCGUGUGGCUCUGACGCUGUGUCUGGGGAAGCCAGCCGACGUGUAUCUGAUCGACGAGCCCUCAGCCUACCUGGACUCAGAGCAGCGUCUCAUGGCCGCCCGCGUCAUCAAGAGGUACAUCCUCCAUUCUAAGAAGACGGCCUUUGUGGUGGAGCAUGACUUCAUCAUGGCCACCUACCUGGCAGACCGAGUCAUUGUCUUUGAUGGGAUCCCCUCUACCUGCACCAGGGCCAACACGCCUCAGGGUCUACUUGCUGGGAUGAACAAGUUCUUGUCCCUGUUGGAGAUCACCUUCAGACGUGACCCCAACAAUUUCAGACCACGCAUCAACAAGCUGAACUCCAUCAAGGACACGGAGCAAAAGAAGAGUGGGAACUACUUCUUCCUCGAUGACUAAUCGACUUCCUUUGGGACCAGCUCCAUCUUCCCGAUAUACGUCUCGCAUCACAGCUCAUCUAACAUCACAGUGCUCUUCAUCCUGACAUCCCAGUGCUCCUCGUGACAUCAGUGCUUUCCGUCGGUGUGGCUGGGAUGAGGAGCUUGGGGUUGUCGUCAUUCCUCUGCUGCUGUCGGGAGCCGAUUGCUAAUGCUGCGUAGUGUUACGAUACACACGGCCUGCAGCGGACUGAGCCACCUUCACUGGCAACGUCUUUAAAGAUGCCUCGUAAUCCUGUAUUCACAAUAAAUAUCUUGAUUCUCGCCGUAA